AUGAAAUAAUCUGAAGUGAGCUUCAUAAAAUCAUAACACUUGCAUUAAGCUCAUAUUGAUUCUCUUUAGCCAUAAGCAAAAGUACAAAAAAGUAAUACAUAAGCAUAAUCAAUUUACGAAAAUAACAAAGGUGUUAAUCCUUCUCUCAAAGAGACAAAGUGCUGCUCUACCUUCUUAGAAUCCUAAAAAUCUUUUACAAAUUAAAACUCUUAAAUAGAACAAAAGUCCUCACUGCUUAGUGCUUAAUUUAAAGAAAUAAAUAGCCAGUAGAACUUUGGUUUACUUGAUAAUUACUGCGAAAUGAGCAGAUCUAGAUUAGAUAAUUAUUUAUAUUCAGAAGAAGAUAAAGCAAAUUUUAUUUAUCCUCAAGAAAACAACAACAACAAAAAUUCAAAUCCAAAAUAUAAUUUAAAAACUAACAGAAGUUAGAGUAACAAUUGCUGCACAUUUGGAAAAUAUAAACUAGAUGAAUAUGAUAAUGAUGACGAUGAUGAUGAUAAUUAAGACUUCAAGACAUCUUUACUCAACGCUACAAGAAUAUCAAGAGAAAAUAGAGCAAAGCUUCGUAAUGAUUUGAUUCAAUCCAAUAUACUUCAAAAUAAGUCUUUUAAUAGUGGUUACUGCUAUAAGAAAGAUGAUUAAGAUAAUUAUACAAGUGAAGAAGAUUUAAUUCUUCCUACUAAAGGAAAAUCUAUGCUAAUUUCAAUAAAUAAUUCUAUUUUAAAUCAAUCAAGAAAUCAACAUAACAAUAAUACGAAAGAUGCUGAAUAACAAUAAAUUAUCAUGAAUUUGAUUGAAAAAUGCUGCUAAGAGUAUGAUUAAUAAUAAAAAUCAUAACAUGUUAUAUUCCCAAUUCCAUAACUAGUCCCAAUUGCUGAUCAAACUUUUGAUCAGAAAAAUAGAAGAAGAUCUUCUUCACUAAAUAACUAGGUCUAAGUUUCCUUACCACCCUAAAAUUUUACUAAUAAAGUAAUAUCAGAAAAGAUUUCUGAAAAUAACGAUGAGGAAGAAACUAAAAAAAGCAAUGAUAUUAUGCUUGCCACUACUUAAUCUUUACCUAGUAUAAUUAAUAGCAAAUAAUUCUCCUAAAAUCCUUAAGAGAAUUAGCAAAGCAAUCAAAGUCAAAUAAGUUAAAAUAAUAAAUUAAUUGAGAAAUUAAAUUAAUCUAAAAAUUACAUAAACGAUGAAACUGAGUACUACGAUGAAGACUAUUAUCUCUCUAACUAAAAAGAUUUUAAUUAAAAGCAUGAUAUAAAAUUUCACAAAUCUUUCUUUAAUGCUGACACUCCAAAUAAUAAUUCUAAAAAUAGGUAGCAAUCUUCUAAUUACAGUAUAGGAAGAAGCCGCGAAUUUACAGAGAAUAACUUAGCUUUUACAGAAAUUAAUCACUUUACCACAGAAAUUCCAUCUUGUAUCAGAAUAUCUGAAAAGUUUCCUAAAUAAUAUGAAUAAGAAGAACAAAAAGAAUAUCCACCAUCUAAUAGCUUCUUAAGAUCCAGAGUUAGUCAAGCAAACUUUAAUAACAUCCAUCAUUCUAAUCAGACUGAUUUGAUGAGAUUAAGUACAACAACUUAUGAGCAGUAAACAGUAGGAGGUGCUAUUUCUUUAUAGACAUUUAUGUAAACCAAAUAGAAUGUCUUUUUGUAAGAUUGGAUAUAAAAAAGAAGUUCUAACAUUCUUGUUGGUUGGCAAAAAAGAUGGCUGGUUUUAAAAAACAAAAAACUUUAAUAUUUUAAAACAGAUUCAUCAGCUCAUUACUAAGGCUGUAUUGAUUUUUCUAUCCUAACUUGUACAGUUUAAAAGGUAGAAAAUAAAAAAGGCCAAAUAAUUGAGUUAAGAAUUAAAGUAGAAGAUUCAAAUAAAACCUUUAGAUUCCAAACAUCUAAAAAGAGCCAAAUAAGCCUUGAAAAAUGGGCUGAAGCAAUAUAAAAUUAAAUAAACUAUUGUACUAAAUAUAAAUUAAGGCCUCGUCAUAUUACCUAACAAAGAGAAUUUUGGAAAAAAGACAGAAUAUGCCUGAAUGAAUUCGAAAGUUUAGCAGACACUGGCGACCUAAUUUUGUUUAAAGGAAUGACCUUUGGUGAAAAGGUAGUACGAAAUUUAAUAAAUUGUGAAUAUAAUCAUGUAGGAUUAAUUUUAAGGACAAAUAACGACUCAAAUAAUUUACUCAUUUUAGAAGCUACUGGAGAUGAAGGAGUCGGAAUCUUGUCUUGGAAAACAUUUUUACAUGAAAAUUGGUAGGAAUUAUACCAUAAAAUAUCUCUUAGAAAACUCAUAAUUGAAAGAACAGAUGAGAUGUUAACAAAAAUGGAAUCAUUUAUUAGAGUAUUAAAUUUCCAAUAAAAUUAUUUGCAUCAUAUUUUAUUUAUAAACAUUAAUUAGUACGCGAUAGGAAAGGAGUAUAGAGUUACCCUUUCAAAGCUAUUUAAAAAGAGAUCAAAUUCUAAAAGUGAUUUGUAAUAAGACCCUAACAGAACAUUUUUUUGUUCUGAGUUAAUAGCUACUAUAUAUAAAAUAUGUGGAUUGCUCCCAUUAGACAUCUCCAGCGGACACUACUGGCCAAGUAAAAAUUAUAUUCAUUUAAUUUAAAUUUAGCUAAAAAUAAAAAAUAUAUAGGUAGUUUCGAAGGAUCAAGAAAUUUAAAAUUAAUCAAUAAUGCUUCUCUCUCUGAAGAAUUCAUUAUUGACUUUGAAAUUUGAAAAAAUUCUAACAAAAAACACCCUCUCUUCCUCUCUCAAAUUGCUCUCUUAAAUUACUUAGAAAUCAUAAAAUCUCUAUCAAUUUAUUUAUUUAUUUAAAAAUAUAUUAAAAGUGAUAAUAAAUUUUACUGCAAAUAAAUUGCAAAAAAAAUAAAUUAUAUAAGUAACAAAUAUAAUUAACCCUACUAAAAUAAAUUGUAACAAACUAUUUAAUAUUUAUUUGUAUUAAAGAAUUUUUACAAAUGUCUUCUUUAAAAAUAUCAAACAAAUCAAUUUUAAUAAAUAAAUAAAUAAAUAAAUAAAUAAAUAAAUAAAUAAAUAAAUAAAUAAAUAAAAUGUUUUCAAAAAUCAUCUCAAAAAAUAAAAAUAAAUAAUAUUUUAAAAUCAAUUAAAAACAUUAGGUAUUAUAGUAGGAUUAAAAUAAAAAAAUUUCAAUUUUUGUUAGAGAAAAAAUUAAGUUUAUUAAUAAAUAAUAGCCUAAAUUUCUUUCUUUUUAACUACUUAUUCAAACAAAUGA